CUAUUAAUGUAAAAAUGAAGAAUGCAGGGGUAAUGUAAGGGGACUUUAUACUUUAUACUUCAUAUAAAGUAUUAUCUGUAUACAUAAAAAAAAAAAAAAAAAUUGAUGAAAAGUGCCCACUAUAAAACUGCAUGUGUGUAUCAUUUACUGGAUUAACCAAUAAAUAAAGUAUCUGCACAUUCUGAACCGUAGAGAAAAAAAAAAUCAUGGUGCUACCAUGGUACAUAUUCAAGCAUCACUGUAUUGCUGUACCAUUAUAUCAUGUACAAAAUUUAUUGUAUGAAUCAGAAAUGGGCACCAAACUAUGUGGAUUUUUCCUCCUGCAAUGCUGUCUCAUUGGUCAGUUAGAUCAAAGCGAGAUCAUAACACUCAGCAUCAACUAUCUGAAGGCUAAAAUCGAAUUCACACACACAACCGCAUACAUAAAUACACAUACACACACACACACACACACACACACACUGACCUUUCACUCCCUCUAAGCAUAGUUUUACACACAAAGAAGUGAGAGCGCUUCCUCAUGGCACACUGGCAUACACACUUUUCCCCGUGGAUGCCAUUCCUGGCCGGCUCUGCCCGCACACAAGCCAAACUCUGGUUGGGUUGCUUCAGGCUUUUGCUUCCUCUUAUUGAUUUUUCUUAUAUUAGCUAACCUCACCCAUUUCUCCAUUCUGUCAGCCUUCCUCCAAGAUACCUAAUGUUUUUGGAGCUUUCGUAUAGCGUGAAUACAAUGACUGCAAAUAAUGCAUCUCUCGGUAAUGUAGUUAAAGAGGCAAUAAGACGUGUUUUCCGUUUGCUAUUCUUGUAACUGCUUUUCCUUUCAGCUGUAAAACUGCAGCACGCUGCUGCCUCAUGCUGUUCGUGUGGCAAAUCAGAAAACACAGUCAAGGCAAUCAAGUGGAACUGUCAUAAAGAACAGCCUUGGUGAGGAGUUUUACCGCGAGGCCAUCGAGCACUGCCGCAGUUAUAAUGCUCGACUUUGUGCUGAACGCUCCAUGCGCCUGCCCUUUCUUGACUCCCAAACAGGUGUAGCACAGAGUAACUGCUACAUAUGGAUGGAGAAGACCCAUCGUGGGCCAGGUGUGGCUCCAGGUCAGCUCUAUACUUACCCUGCACGCUGCUGGAGAAAGAAGAGACGGUUAAACAUCUUAGAAGAUCCACGUCUUGGACCCAUCGAGUUUAAAAUCGACUAUGAAGCAGCACUAAAGAAGGAAGGGGGUGUUCCUGAGGGUCCUGUUCUGGAGUCACUCCUCAGUGGAGAACUGCUGGAUAAGAAGGUUGAAACAAAGGAGGAGGAACCCAUGAGUGAAUGCCAGAAGCUGCUGGUGGGAGAUUUUCCUCACGAGUUGGACAUGGAUGAGAUGGAGGAGGAUGUUCCCAAACGCAAGAAUCGCACCAAAGGACGGGCAUGUGGUGUUGGGGGGAUGAGAAAGAGACAGGAACCAGCAUCCUUAGAGGAUCGAGACAAGCCAUAUGUGUGUGACAUUUGUGGGAAGCGCUACAAGAACCGUCCAGGUUUGAGUUACCAUUACACUCACACACACCUGGCAGACGAGGAGGGUGAGGAAGACUCCGAACGGCACACACUGCCCUUCCAGCGCAAGAACAACCACAAACCCAAAAAAGCAGCCGAUGGUUCUGUCAUCCCGAACGGCUACUGUGACUUCUGUCUAGGAGGCUCGAAGAAAACAGGCUGUCCUGAAGAUCUAAUUUCCUGUGCGGACUGCGGCCGAUCAGGUCAUCCGUCGUGCCUGCAGUUCACGGUCAACAUGACGGCGGCGGUGAGGACCUACCGCUGGCAGUGCAUCGAGUGCAAAUCCUGCAGCCUGUGCGGAACAUCAGAGAACGAUGAUCAGCUUUUAUUCUGUGAUGAUUGUGACAGAGGGUAUCACAUGUAUUGUCUAAGCCCCCCUAUGUCGGAGCCUCCAGAGGGGAGCUGGAGUUGCCAUCUGUGUCUGCGCCAGCUAAAGGAAAAAGCGUCCGCCUACAUCACACUAACCUAAUCUCCGUGCCCUACUUCACCCUAGCAGUCUCAUCCUACUCUAUCCCAUCAUCACAGAUCCAAAGAGACUCCCCCAGCAUCCACCAGAAGAGAACAUGUUUCAUCUGCCCAUUGCCUGUAUGGUGACUGCAAGGAAAACGUAGGGUGCGACUAACAUUUUUGUAUGUCAGUUGGGACUCGAGCAGACCUUUCCUCAACAGUCCCUCCAAAGAGUUCUUUCCUUCAUGGAUCAGAGAGGUCUUCUUCUUGUUUGACUCCAGCUUAUGGUGGUUAGACAAGUAGUGCCAAACGGUUUAUCGCUGAGGAGACAUUUUGCACGAGUCUGAGGGGGGCGUGUCAGUGGGAGGAGUCUCUGUGACAUCAUUACAUGACGCACCAACUGCAAAAGAGACGAGUGCCACAUGAUCUCACCGCAGCUUUCGGUUGGUUUAGCUCUGGUGAGAGAUGGUAUCAGCGUGCCAUUGAUUCUUAGCGGUAUAUUCUUCAGGAGCAGACACCAGCACGUAAUGAGAUCAUGUUUAGUCAUUCAAUUUGGCCUUAUUCUAGCUGUAAUUAGACUUCUGUUGUAGAGAUGAAUGAAUUCUUCAAUAAUUAAUAUCCCUUGAAGGUACAACUUUUGGUUCUUGCAACACAUCACAGUAAAUUUUUAAAAAAGGUGAUAUAUCACUAACAUAGUUUGCGUUAAAAGGAAUAUUCCUGGUUUGAUACAAGUUAAUCGACAGCCUUUUGUGGAAUAAUGUUGAUUACCGCAAUACCGGUCCCUUAUUUUCUUAAAAAAAUUGGAAAACCGUAGUAAGAGUGAGGUAGAGGUUGGGAUCUGCAGGACCCAAUGCAAUCUUAUUAAAGAAAAAAAUAUAAUUAUGACUUUUUAUCUCACAACCCAGUCUUUAUUUUCUCAGAAUUUCGAAUUUAUAUCUCACGAUUCGGAGUUCAUGUCUUACAGUUCUGACUCACAUCUGUCCCGCAAUUCUUAACUCAAAAAAGUCUGAAUUGUGAGUUAUAAAGUCGCAAUUACUGUUUUCAUUUUUUUAUUCCGUGGUGGAAAUAAGAUUCCAUAAAUAUAAGCAUCGUCCCACCCACACCUGCUCAUAGCAAUCAAAACUCUAAAUAAAAUCGCAUUUAUUUUUUAUUUUGAGGCAAAAAUAAGCUUUUAUAGAUGUGCGUGAAAAGUGGGAGAAAGAAAUGUAUAGUUUAUCAAUUUGUUUUGUUUUUAUGGAAUACGAACAACAAAAAAUUAACGAUUUACAGGUGCAGGGUUGGAUAUUUUCAAUGUUUUUCUUUUUUAUGACAGUAUACAGUAAAUUCCAUUGCCUGCUGCGACAAUUGCAACAAGUUGUUAACAUACAACACACACAAGUCUGGCACUUAAGAUCUGAGAGCGCUGUGUGUGUGGGAAUUGAAAAAAACAAUAGGCUAUGACACUGGAACGAGACUAAAAAAUCUGCGUAGACCUCUUACUGCGGGCUUUUGCGGACAUGAGUGGGACAAAACGUUAAGUUGUAGGUGUUAACAGGACAAAAUAUAACAUAUUUCUGUGGGAGCAGGAUUGAACAAUCCAUCCCACCCAGACCUCUACAGUUCACAAGCACUAAAUUUCGUCAUGAAUCUACUUGAUUUCAGAUUAUGGAAGAUCUGUUUAUAUGAACCAUAAAUGCUUCAAUCCGAUUCACAUCAUUUGUUUACAUGUGUAUUGUAUACGUAUAUUCCAAACAAAAAUUCAGCACAUAUGUGAGGCCCAGUUGCUGCGUAUGAGAAAGCCACUGUGUUAAUGUCGUUUCAAUACGAUUGAAAUUUCAUUCAGAUUGAUGGAGUUGUUUACAUGAAGGCUUUUCAGUAUGAUUGAGCCAUCAAUCUGUUUUUAAACGGAUUACUUGACUACUUUUAAACGUAGUGAGGCACUUACAAUGGCCAAACUGUAUUAAAAUAUACUUUUUAUGAAGUAUAGCCAGAAGACACAAACAGUACGUGUUAACAUGAUUUCAGUGUGAAAAACACUUACUGACCUUUUCUGUGAAGUUAUGUCCAAUUUUGUAUCUUUGUUGCCAUGACAACAUCAUCCUAAAACAACCAUAAAAGGUUUUAACACACAUUUUAAAAAAUUGAUGUACGUGUUUUUAUAAUAUUGUAAGUUUUACAUUUGUGCUUUUAAAUUCUCCAAAAAUUGUUCCCAUUAUAUGCCUCUUGGUUCUUGCAUUUUUUUUUUUUUAAAGAAACAGGGACCAGUAGAAAUGAUUUUUUUUUUUUGUGGUAAUCAACGUAACUUGUAUUGAUUCUGGAAAAUUCUAGAAUAUCAGUCACUUCUAGGAAAGUCUUAAUGCUGCAAACUGUUUUCAUAAAUAUAGAUCCCUUUAUUAGGAAGGUCUGAGGUGCAUGUCUAUCAACCAGAGUCAAAUUUGCUCUGUGUGAAAAAAAGAAAAGAAAAGAAAAAAGUAGAUUUCAAAAAUCUGCUGAUUUAUUCUGUACUUCCAACAUGAUCCCCACCUUCUCUUCCUAUUCUGAACAAGCCAACGUAAAAUUCCCUCUCAGCCAGGGUGUGUUUCUAAGAGUGUAUAUUUAUCGGGCAACGUCUGUCCUUGUUUUAAAAACAGGGCGUUAAAUGUUCGAUUGUUCUCUUUUUUUAAUGAUGACUUGCUUGCAUGUUGUAAAAGUAUCGUUUUUAAAUCAUUUAAGGACAAAAAAUCGAAGAAAGCACACUUAAUCUGCAAUAAUGUUUUUGUGUUUGUGACCCUCUCUGGGGAAGUUGCGUCUGUAUGUAUGUGCGCUUUAAAACUCUCGUGGAACUUUGAACCUGUAAACGGCAGAAUGCUAGUGGGCGGGGUGUUUUGAAAAAGGGGGAGGAGUUUGUGACAUUCUGACGUUUUCAGAUGCCAUCGAUUUUGAUUUCCUGGACAAACUGUAGACCAGCUUUGGAGACUCUGUUUUUUCCCGGUCUCUUUGGAGGGGCAUUUUUCCUUUUUUGGUGACAAGAAAAUUGUGCGCCUCUUUUGUAGAAUGAGCUCUUUACUAUCUGUAAGUCUGCUUUGUGUUCUGAGACUUGCUACUGCAGCCUGCUUAAAAGAAGAAAAAAUGUCAAGCUAAAUCCAGAGGAGCGUUACGGGGACGGCAGCAUGUGUGUGCGUGUGUGCGAUUGUGCUGAGGUGACUGUUUUGAACCCAAAGUCCCCUCUUAUCCGUGGCCUAACUGAAAAGACUGCCUGCCAUUUUCUCUACACCGAGUCCUUGAGCUUUAAGUUGCGAGACGUUUGCUGUAAAUAGAUAAGUGCUCUGUCUUUCCAGAAUCAGUCCAUGUUAUAGACUCAAGUGAAAUGUUCCAUGUGCUGUAAUGCAUCAAAAUGUGAAAACAGCCUUUUCUACGCUGUCAGUGGAAUAUUAAUCCAUGUUACUGGGUUAUUUCUAUUUUUGUAUCAUUUUCCAGUUUAUGGUUUUAAUGAGCACUACGCCAUUGGUAACUCUGAUGCCAUAUAUGUAAAUCUUUUCGAUUCUUUUUAAAAGAGUUGUAGAAAUGUUUCGUCUUCAGUAGUCUUGAUUUCACAUUUUGAUAUAUCAACUUCUCUGUUCAGCCAACCCCUUGUUGUUCUUUUUUGUACUUAUGACUAUUUUGCACAGUCUGUGUGAUUUUAUUGGAUGAGGGCACUAUUAGAGAGUUUUGAUAAUAAAAUCAAAGCAAUUAAACCCGAGAUGAAAUGACAGACACAUUUAGCAUGUGCCGAUAUCGACUACACACAAUAAUUACACAUGGAAUGUGUUGAUUCUUUCCCUCUCAGUUCCUGAAGCCAAAACACUGUGGCUCUGUGGUGUUUUCAAAACAUUGCUAUGUUUGUUUGAGUGGCCCAGCAUAGCAACACUGGCUCAACCAAUAGCAAGAGUUUGGAGGCGGAGCUGUAUGUAUGUGUGACCAAUGGCAGAUGGAAGGGCUGGUAAAAGUGUUUUGAAAACCUUUUUGUAAUUUUUGCAGUUCUAUUCAUUCCAUUCAGUGGCGCAGAAAUUACACAUUUCACUUUUAACAGUAUUAAGGGGGGAAAAUGUUUGAUUUGUCUGCCUUGGUGAGAUUUUUGGUUAGAAACUAACCUUCAUGUUCUGUAGUAUUUUCAAACGAUUGUCAAGCUAAAAGAGGGGCUGUGAUUGGUUUGUAUGAAAAUACGUUUUCGUCCGCAGGCCUUUAUUGAUGAGGGGCGGAGUCAUAAUGAUGUGAUUGUAUUCUUAGUAAUGUGAGAGUAUGAGUGGCAUUAUGUGGGAUGAGGGAUUAUGGGUAGACAACGCUUAACCAGAUUGUUAAAAUGGUGGGCAACUACAUUUCCGUUUCAACAUGGACAAAUGUGUCCUCUCUCUGUCCAGCUUCGGUUGAGAUCUGUGCUCUUUUUGUCUUUAUUCUGUCUCGCUGAUUUUGCAGGGUCUUCUCUACCUGUGUAUUGUUGUGCUGUGAUUUUCGCUUGCAGUUCCCCCCCCCCCCACACAAACACACACACACACACAAAAGAUACUCUUGUGUGAGAGGACGCGUGAGUGUUUUCCUUUCUUGUAACUGUCCAUAGAAAAAUAAAACAGACGUAUGGAGAAAAGAAGCGUGUUCUGACUCAGGACUGAGUUGUACAUUUGUUUUCAUUGAACUUGAAAUGGGUGCUCCUCGUGGAACUGAGCGGCUCUGAUGACUGCUGCUCAGUGAUCCAUUUUAAAGAAUGUCCUUUCUUUUAUUUCUGUCCAUUUUGACAAGCAGGAAAUAAAAAAAAUGUACCAUUAUCCGAUUUUGUCUCCUGUGAUGU